UAGAAAUUGACAGAUUUUAUGACAUCAUUCUCGGCUUUCCAUUAAAUAUUGGGAUGUGUAGACGAUAGAUAGAAAAUAUAAAUUAUAGCUUAAAAUAGUAAGCAAAUACAACACACUACACUACUUUUGUACUACUAGUUAUAUUUAAAUAAUGGAAGCGUACGACGUAAUUGUUAACCAACCUGUUGUGAUAGAUAAUGGAACGGGUGUUAUUAAAGCUGGGUUCGCUGGCGGCCAAAUUCCGAAAUGUAGAUUUCCUAAUUAUGUGGGUAGGCCUAAACACACCAGAGUCAUGGCUGGUGCUCUCGAAGGAGACUUGUUCAUCGGUCCUAAAGCUGAAGAACACAGAGGCCUACUUUCCAUUAAGUACCCAAUGGAACAUGGGAUAGUGACUGAUUGGAAUGACAUGGAAAAGAUUUGGAGUUAUAUUUAUAGCAAAGAUCAACUUUCAACAUUCUCAGAGGAACAUCCUGUACUACUUACUGAAGCUCCUCUGAAUCCUAGGCCAAAUAGAGAAAAAGCUGCAGAAAUUAUGUUUGAAACAUUUAAUGUUCCAGCUUUAUUUAUUUCCAUGCAAGCUGUUCUUAGUUUAUAUUCUACUGGUAGGACUACUGGUGUAGUUCUGGACUCAGGAGACGGUGUCACUCAUUCAGUGCCUAUAUAUGAAGGAUUUGCUCUACCUCACAGUAUCAUGAGAUCUGAUAUUGCAGGAAGGGAUAUUUCUAGAUAUUUAAGAUUGCUUCUAAGAAAAGAAGGCAUCAUUUUCCGUACUACUGCUGAGUUUGAAUCAGUUAGAACCUUAAAAGAAAAAGCUUGUUAUUUAUCGAACAAUCCAAUAAAAGAAGAAUCAGUUGAGACAGAGCAAAUUAAUUAUACCCUUCCAGAUGGUACAGGAAUCAAAGUAGGACCUGCAAGGUUUAGAGCCCCUGAGAUUCUUUUCAAACCUGACAUGAUAGGUGAAGAGUGUGAAGGUAUCCAUGAAGUAUUGUUGUUCUCCAUACAGAAGUCUGAUUUAGACCUUAGGAAAGUAUUGUUUAAGAACAUUGUGUUGUCAGGUGGCUCUACUUUGUUCAAAGGAUUUGGAGAUAGAUUGCUUUCAGAAAUCAAGAAGAUGUCACCUAAGGAAACACAAAUUAAGAUAUCAGCUCCUCAGGAAAGGUUAUAUUCCACAUGGAUAGGUGGCUCUAUUUUGGCUUCUUUAGAUACUUUCAAAAAGAUGUGGGUCUCGAAACGGGAGUUUGACGAGGAAGGACAAAGAGCUAUACAUCGAAAAACAUUUUAGUUCUAUUAGACUUUCAAUUGUGAUUAAUACUUGUUUUUUUUUAACUUAUUUUCCACCCAUUUAUGUGCAGGGUGACCAUCAGUGAUAAUAAGAGAGUCAAUCUGAAGUAACAGAGGGGUUGUGAACAUUAUCUAGUUGAUGGUCCCCUCUAGGAAUUGAAUUACGCUCUAAAUUAUAUAGAACUUUAAUUAUUUUUAAUAUUCUUAAGUCUAUUUUUAAUUGUGUUGUCUGUGUAACUUUUUUUAUAUGAAUUAUAUAUAUUUAAACUCAGCACAAUAAUAUGCAGCUUUUAUCAGCUUCUUUUUUAAAAAAUAUAUAAUAUAGUUUAAUCAGU